CUUAAGUCCUUUUUAUUGCCAUCUCUACAGGAUGACCCACUACAGCCAUUAUAAAAGCCUCUGCCAUCCCCGGCUGGCUACCCCCCUCCUCCUGCCUGGCAAUGGAAUGCACUAGUGAGCUGGAAUGAGCAUGGGAUCCAUGGCUGUGAUGUCACAGAGCACAUGAAGUCAGAGGUCCUAUGGAAGAGAAGAGAGGAAAUCGAUGCAGGGAAAGGGUAAGGACUGGGACAGGGACGGGGAGGCAGGUGGGGGAAGCCUGCUGGGCACUAGGGAGCUGGUGGGCCAGAAGCUAUGGGUGGGCAGGCCCAUGACAUCUCUGGGCUCCCAGCUCUGCUGGGUAGCAUUCCUGACAGCCCUCCUACUGCUGCUGCGGGUGAAGGGGAUGAAGUUUCAGAAGGGCAGCCCAGACAUGGAUGAGGGGAAGCAGAAAGAGAAAAUGGCUUCUGCAGACCAGAACCAAGAGCAGUUUGAAGAACACUUUCUGGCUUCCUCGGUGGGUGAACUGUGGCAGGUGAUGGACAUGGCCCAGCAAGAGGAGAACAUGACAUCGAAGGCAGCAGCUGUCCAAGACCACCUUUUUGAUCUAGCCUUCUGCUUUAACAUGGCCAUCAUCAUGGUUUUUUUAUAAGAGACAUUGAGGCUGAGGUGGUGGCCUGGUUCCUGAAUGAAAACCUGAACGUCUG